AUGCUCGGAUUCAACGUGACGGCCUUCUUCUCCAACGCCUACGUGCACUGGGAGUACGUGAAGCUGAAUCGUGAGGUGCUGGAGGAGCGGCGUCGCCGCCUUGAAGAGGAGCAGGGGAAUGGGGGUGCGAUGAUCCGGAAUGGCUCCUUCCUUGUGGAUCAGGUGGAGGAGCUUCGGGGAGAGAGGGCACUGACCGUGGGAGAUUCCCUCGAUGGCACUGCCCGCAUGGGUGCGAGGGCCGCGACGCACGCUGUCAUUUGCUGCGAGGAUGGAGGCAAGCACGGCGGCGUCGGCGCUGUGGGCGCGCCGCCAGGCAGGUAA